AAUACAUUGAAAGAGAACUAUUACUCAUAUGAGAAAUGAUUUUAAAUUUAACUGUAUUUGUAGCAAUUUAUGAAAGGGGAGUUUUACUGGAUUCUCUAUAAAAAGGGCUGUUAUAGUUGGAGUUGGUGUGUCUAAUAAUGCUUCAAUAAUUGUUGACUUCUUUUCUUCUCCAGAUUCAUUUUCGAUUGAUUCAAUUGACCAUGAGUUCCAUCUUGUCAAAAGUCCUUCCUGCUGCGGAAGAUCCUGUUCUCAGUGUACAUACUUUUCAGUCUAAGGAUCUACAUCCAUCUUACUUAUUAUGCUGCUUUUUUGGACCCAUUCUGCCAUUUUAUGAAAGAGUUAUUUUUGCUUGUAGAGAUGAUCCUUGUCCGGUUAAGCUGAAUUUGAGUGUCGGUGCCUAUCGAACCGAGGAGGGAAAACCUCUUGUUCUCGAGGUGGUGAGAAGAGCAGAGCAACAGUUAGCAAAUGACAGGUCUUGUGACAAGGGAUAUCUCCCAAUCGAUGGACUUGCUGAUUUUAACAAAUUGGGCGCCAAGCUAAUAUUAGGUGAUGAUAGUCAUGCACUGGAAGAGAACAGAGUUGUUACAAUCCAGUGUUUGUCUGGUACUGGUUCUUUGAGAGUCGGAGCUGAGUUUCUGGCAAAACACCACCAACAAAGUGUCAUUUACGUUCCAAACCCAACUUGGGGGAACCAUCCCUCUAUCUUCACACUGGCGGGUUUGUCUGUACAGUAUUUCCGUUACUAUGAUCCACAAACUAGAGGACUCGACUUUGAAGGCAUGCUCGAGGAUCUUGGUGCUGCACCAUCUGGAGCUAUAGUGGUAUUGCAAGCUUGUGCACAUAACCCCACAGGAAUCGACCCAACUCUGGAACAAUGGGAACAGAUUCGACAAAUCGUGAGAUCUAAAGGCUUACUACCUUUUUUUGAUAAUGCAUAUCAGGGUUUUGCUAGUGGUAGCCUUGACUCAGAUGCACAAUCGGUUCGUAUGUUUGUUGCUGAUGGAGGUGAAUGUUUGAUAGCUCAAAGUUUUGCUAAAAACAUGGGUCUUUAUGGAGAGCGUAUUGGUGCUCUUACCAUUGACCGUUUUUCGAGGACUCUGAUUGGAGCAGGUGAAGAACGUGAGGGGGUUUACUACUUUACUGGGGUUAAAGUCGCACGAGUACAUGGAGCUUCUAAGGCGAAACCUUCUUCUUCUUCUACUCUGUGGCAUCGUCGACUUGGACACCCGUCUUAUAAAGCUUUAUCUACUCUACCUAUUUUUAAGAAUUUCAAGUUGGAUUUUACUGAUUCUAGUCAAUGUGACAUUUGUUUUAAAGCGAAACAGACUCGCAAGGUGUUUCCCGAUAGUUUUAAUAAAGCUACAAUUCCUUUUGCCUUAAUUCACUGUGAUGUUUGGGGACCGUAUCGCACACCAUCUUCUUGCGGUGCAGUUUAUUUUUUAACGAUUGUUGAUGAUUACUCACGAGCAGUUUGGACCUACUUGAUGCUCGAAAAGUCUGAGGUUGCAUCUCUUCUUCGCAGUUUUUGUGCAAUGAGUGACAGACAAUUUGGACAUAGAGUAAAAACGAUCAGGACAGAUAAUGGAACCGAGUUUCUCUGUCUCUCAAAGUAUUUUCGUGAGCAAGGAAUAGUUCAUCAGACAUCUUGUACUUAUACACCUCAACAAAACGGUAGAGUUGAGCGAAAACAUAGGCAUAUUCUAAAUGUGGCGCGUGCUUGUUUGUUUCAAUCUCGGUUACCAGUCGAGUUUUGGGGAGAAAGUAUCUUGGCAGCCGCACACAUAAUCAAUAGAACGCCAACUCAUGUUCUCGAUGGCAAGACACCUUAUGAAGUGCUUCACGGGAACCCUCCGAUGUAUGAUCAACUCCGGGUCUUUGGUUGUCUCUGCUAUGCACAUACAAGACCUCGCGACAGAGAUAAAUUUGGUGCCAGAAGUCGUCGCUGCUUGUUUGUCGGUUACCCGUUUGGCAAGAAAGCAUGGCGCAUGUAUGAUCUUGACACUAAUGAAUUUUUCAUCAGCAGAGACGUUGUCUUCUUUGAGGAUAAAUUCCCAGGCAUUGAUGAUGCAACCUAUGUCACGCCACCUACUAUGCAAACCGAUCUUCCCAUAGAUGACUGGCUACUCUCUCCGGCAACACAGACAGAACCUACUCAUGUACCAUCCCCGGUAACCACUACUCCGGUUCUCACUACUUCUGAUACUCUCCAAUCUCCUGCAGUACUCUUUCCUGAUUCCUCUACACCCACUCCUAGUACUGAUAACAAUACCACUCCUGCUCCUUCUCCUACUCUAUCUCCUGUUACAGCUGAUACGGUUUCUCCUGAGUCGUCACUGUCUCCUCCAUCAUCGCCUUCUCCAACGCCAAUUACUGAACACUCUCAGUCGGCUCCAUCUCCUGGUCUUCCUGAACUUCUUGGUCGUGGACAGAGAGCUAAGAAAUCAUCGAUUCUGCUGAAGAAUUUUGUUACUCACUCUGCGACUACAAACCCUCCUCACGCUUCACCUGCACACGAUCAGAGUUCUCCUCUCUCGGUCUCAGGUAAGACACCGUAUCCCAUUGCUGAUUAUGCUUCUACUUCUGUCUUUAAUGCCAAACAUCAGGCGUUUUUGGAUACUAUAACCACUGACUAUGUUCCUAAGAAUUUUCAAGAAGCUGUCAGGGACCCUCGAUUUAAUGGGGCUAUGAAGACGGAGAUCACUGCCUUAGAAGACAACCAUACUUGGGAUGUUACUACGCUGCCUCCUGGUAAGAAAGCGAUUGGUUGUGGAUGGAUAUACACGAACAAGUAUAAUGCGGAUGGGACUGUUGAAAGGCCUAAAGCUCGUUUAGUUGCUCGUGGAAAUCGUCAGAAAGCUGGUCUUGACUAUAAGGAUACUUUUGCUCCGGUGGCUAAAAUGAAUACUGUCCGUUUUCUCCUUAAACUAUCAGCUGCUCAUCGAUGGGAAAUUCAUCAAAUGGAUGUCCACAAUGCUUUUCUUCAUGGAGAUCUCGAGGAGGAAAUCUACAUGCAACUACCCCCUGGUUUUAAGACCGAUGAUCCUACUAAAGUUUGUCAGCUUCGAAAAUCUUUAUAUGGUCUUAAACAGGCUCCUCGAUGCUGGUUUGCAAAGCUGAGCAAGGCAUUGUUAUCUUUCGGGUUUAUUCAAAGCUAUGAGGACUACUCACUAUUCUCUUUUGUUCAAGGCGAUGUCUGUCUACAUAUAUUGGUCUAUGUCGAUGAUUUUAUUAUUGCCGGCAAUAACAACUCUACAAUCGAGCGUUUCAAAACCUAUCUUCAUAAGUGCUUCAAGAUGAAGGACUUGGGCAACCUGAAAUAUUUUUUGGGUUUAGAGAUUGCUCGUGGUCCUGAAGGUAUCUUCGUUUCACAACGCAAGUAUGCCCUUGAUAUUGUUGCUGAGUGUGGUCUUCUUGGUGCAAAACCAUCUCCGGUUCCUACUGAACUCAACCACAAAUUGGCACUUUCUAAUGGCCGCCCUCUCCGUGAUCCUAGUCAGUACCGCAGGCUUGUUGGACGUCUUAUUUAUUUGACCUUUACUCGUCCCGAGCUCAGUUACAUCGUUCAUAUUCUCUCCCAGUUCAUGCAGAAACCUCAGGAGGAUCACUGGCUUGCUGCUUUACGCGUGGUUCGGUAUUUGAAAGGUACCACAGGUCAAGGGAUCAUGCUUACCUCUGAUAGGAAUCUGCGCCUUACUGCUUACUCUGACUCCGAUUGGUCCGCAUGUCCUAUUACCCGCAGGUCUCUCUCUGCUUAUAUUGUUCUUCUUGGAGAUUCUGUGGUCUCCUGGAAAACAAAGAAACAGCGCACCGUGUCACGCAGCUCAGCCGAGGCCGAGUAUCGUUCCAUGGCUGAUACUACUUGCGAGUUGAAAUGGCUCAAGCGGUUACUUCUGCACUUCGGUAUUCAUCAUCCUCGUCCUAUGCGUCUCUUUUGUGACAGUCAAUCUGCGAUUCAUAUUGCUAAGAAUCCUGUUUUUCAUGAACGUACGAAGCACGUCGAAAACGAUUGUCAUACUGUCCGGGAUGCUGUUCAAUCCAAACUUAUCACUACUGAACAUAUCAAUACGAAGAAUCAACCUGCUGACCUAUUGACGAAAGCUUUGCCUACUCCUGCAUUUCAAUUUCUACUGUCCAAGUUGGGAAUUCGCGAUAUGUCAUUACCAACUUGAGGGAGGGUAUAGAGAUAAUGAUAGAAAUAAGGAAACAUUCCUAUAUGUAAGGGAUUUAGGUUUAGGUAUAACUUGAGGAUCACGUUAUUGUACGAUGUAUAUAUACCCUAUUGGGGAU